AUGUCGUCAAUCACCACAGCACCAGUGCCUCCAGUGAAAGCCGGACAAAGGCUGGAGACUCCCCCGCUGGGCUCCCACCACUUUAGGCCCCACUCUGACAGUAACUCCAGAAUUACCAGCUACAAUAAGCUGGCUCCAUUUGAGCCUUUUGACGUAGACUUUAUUGAUGACCCUCUUCCUCCGCUUCCCGACCUUUCCAUUGACCCAACCACAUCGGUGGAGUUGCCCACUACCGCUGAUUUUUCGCCAGAGGAAUUGAGCUACCUACACUCCAGGCUCAACAUGCCACUAGGGUCCCUUGGGGACCAAAUCCAGAGCUUGUCUAUGGACUCCCCUUUCAUGGACUACAUCACAGGCGGUGGAGAUUUCAUUGGAGCAACCGAGAAUCUUGCAGGGAAUGAUGCUAUUCCGGUGAAUCCGGUGGUGAAUCAGGCGCAGGUUGUUUACAUGGAUGCUUCAACUACUGUGUCCACGGAGGUUGAUGUGUCUAUAGCAAAUGAAGUGAAAAAAGCCAUGCCUAUUGAUAAGAUCACCAAAGUAGCUAUGUUAGAUCCCAAGCGAGCUAAGAGGAUUCUUGCAAAUAGGGAAUCUGCUGCUCGGUCUAAAGAAAGGAGGACUCGUUACGCAAUGGAUCUAGAGAAGAAGGUGCAGAUACUUCAAGCACAGUCAACUGAGAUCUCUGUCAAGCUUGCGAAAACCAAGACGGAAAAUUCGGACCUGAAAGCUAAGAAGAAGGGGAUCUUACGUGAGAUAGAGUUUAUGGAAGAAACAGCUAAGCUUAGAGAAGAACUGAAUGAAGCUUUAAGCUAUAAGCUGAGGCAACUUAAGAAAGAAUAUGCACAAAAAGUUGCAUAUAAGAACCACAAUUUUCGAGGGUUACUCUCUAAAUUUUCUUCCCAGCUAGCAGUUUAUCAAGUGAAUUUUCUUCGAUACUCGCGGCUAGAACAACUUGGCAUGCCUCCGUCGCACUCAAAUCAGCAAGCAUAA